GCUCACUGAACGAGAGCGAGACGGCUUCCUUUCUCCAAAAGAACCGCUCCCCCGGCUCACUCGUAUUACGGCUCAAAAGAUCCGGCUCGCUCCUGAGCGACCCAUCUCUAACCUGACAGUUAGUAGUAUGUUGCGUGCGCUGGUAUGGGGAGGCCGCGUAUAGUGCGUACUGCCGAAGAACAAGCUGCUCACGAGGCCGAACUUCGGGACCGCAGGCGUGAGCGUGAGCGAGAGCGGCGGGCGACACGAACCAGUGAUCAGCGUGCCGAGGAGGCUGCCCGUAAGCGGCGGGCUCGAGCGGAAAGCCCCCCAGAUCGCGAAGCGAUUAAUGCAGCGCAACGACGGAGGUACCACGCUCGGAAGGCUGAUAUUAACUGUGCAGGUGCUGCUGCGCCGAGAACUCCACGGUGUGUCGUACCAGUCUGCAGCUCGCGGUCUGGCACCUAGUUCCAUCCUGUACCCCUUGCCUGCCAAACCGUCCCAGCGCCAGGCUUGGAUUGACUUUGUGCGAGGGUGCCCCUGUGGUGGUGCCCGCGACUGGAGCCCGCCGAUCAACGAGAUCAGCUUAGUGUGCUCGCUGCACUUUACGACUCGCUGCUUCAGGUUCCAGACACCACGUGACUUCAGCGUGGGCUAUAGGAAGCGUCUGAUAGUAGGUGCAGUGCCAACGCUGUAUCCAAUUGAAGAGCCGUGCAGUUUAGUGGCCAACAAGAAUUCUACUGCCAAGAGUGCGGCACUUUUGGGUUACUCUGAUGCCGAAGAUGUUGAAAGGAGGACACGUGAUUCAUUGGCUUCUCAUCAGUCAGUUGCAGGACAAGAUGGAGGCCACCGUGCAAGUGACCAGGACAGAGUGCGGAGGCUUGCACGUCAUGCGGCAUUCAAGCUCAUCUUCCCCAAAGACGUCUCCACCCAGUGCAGCGUGGAAAUAGCCUCUAAGAUGGUCGGCUGUGUUGUCAGAACUGCAUCCAAGUUUGUGCAGUGCAGUGGGUGAACGGUGUUCAAAUCUAGCGAGACAUUAAACGGAGAACAGGCGAUGCUAGUCUAGCCACAUGUGUACUGUGCUUAUCCUGCUCGCCCAAGUGCCUCGGUGACCAUGCCUUUCUGCUGCUGUGAAGACAAGUUCGCAGGUUUGACUCUCCAGCUGUGGUGACUGCAUUCUCCUGAGGACAAAAAACAAAAACGCUCAUUUUUGUGCAUGAAAGGCACAUUAUAAACGGUACCUAUAAUAUUAUCAGUGCAACCAAAAAAAAUGGGCCUUCAAGUGCAUGACACUUUUAUUAAUGCGAAGGUUUCGAUGCCAUCUUUCCUGGGGUUUGGCAUGUUCAACUGCUCGGUGAGCUUCUUGCCGAGUAAUGUGGGCCGGUGCUGGAGAUAGCUAGUAGAUAGCUAGUGCAGUAGUAAACUGAUGUGAUCCCGAAGACAGCGCAAUCCAUGGAUGGGUUGCGUGGUGGAGCGUGUUGCUGAUUUUCCGGGCAAGCACGUAAUCACUAUGCUGCAAAAGGUGUUGCUAAAGAUGAACAAUUUCAUAGAUUUUAAUUAACUGCUUCACAUAACAAAGAUUCCAAAGUGUGCAUCAGAUCUGCCUAACUUUUUUUUCCUCUGUGUAUGAUCUGUGUAGUAAAGGUAUGUGAGCCACAAAUCCCAAAAACAUAACCAACAACCUCUUCGCAUUCGUGAUCACUUGGAGACAUACCUUCACAAUGUGAUGAUGUUGUGGCAUUCAACUGCUAAUCUCAAGGUUGCAGGCCCAAAUGAACUCCCAGCAACUGCACUGCGUAUUCUGAUGGCGACAGAAUGCAAAAAUGCUUGUGUGCUGAGCUUGUGAGUCGACCGCAGAUGGUCAAAGUUAAUCAGAUCUACCCCACAUUGUUUCACGAUUGUUGUAGUUUGAUUAUCGCUUAGGUUGAGCACUAUUUUCGUUUAUCACAUGUUAUGCCUCCUCUAACAGAACUUGUGCUAGAAAAACUCAAUGUCUAACGCAUUGUUCGACUGUUUACAAUUAUUCAAGAAACGUUUGACAAAUGUGUUUAGCUCCGAUAUCGAAUUAUGAAAAGUACUUGCAGAAGUAUAAUUUUUUUUUUUUUUGGGGGGGGGGGGGGUUCAUGAUCUGGUCAUCACUUAAAUGACUUAUUAAUAACCUUGCUAAUCAAUAACCCAUUCUAUAGGCUAACUUAGGUCAACCUGCUGCGAAGUACACUAAAAGCAAGCAUUGCUUAUACAUAUAUACUUGGCAGUCAUUUUGUGUGCAAUCACAGUUAAAAAUUAAAACUGAUACUUGUACCUUCAAGAUACUUAACAUUUAAAAGUGGUGCUAGGUCGACAAAUGGUCAGCUACACCUACGUGGCAGUGGGAAAACUACACCUUGCUUUCCUUUAAUAUGCUUUAUCUAAGAUCAUAACACAUAAUCAUUCAGAAGGAAGACAAGUGAGUCGCGUGUCACUUUGCUUUUUUCUCACAGAGAUGCGGUUGCAU